GAGUCACAGGGGGAUCGCUGCGACGGCGUACGGAGCCGAGAUGGUCUGAGUCCGCCGGCAGCGUCGCGUUUGCCACAAAGUGCUCGAGUGCUCUGCCAAGGCUGCCGACGCGUACGGCGCGCGCCAGAGCGUCCAGCGCUCUUGGAGUCGACGUUCGUAUCGUGUUAGUGCUCUUGACGAGCGCUGUCCAGCGGAGACGCCCGCCAGGCCGCUUGGGAGCGGCCCAAGUUGCGCUCUGGCAGGGCUCAGACAGCCUGCCGCUCAUCUUGUAUCCCGCGGCGAGGUGACGGCAAGCGAUCAGCAGGCGUCCUCGACGCAUUCACCGGCAUCGCUGCGAAGGCGUCGACGCAACGGCUGCCGGCCACGGCCGCACGCGCAGACGCAUAGACACGAAUACCGCCAGCAGUCAAAAGCGCUGCAAUGGCGUCGCCCAAGGACAAGAACGAGGAAGAAAUUCUGGAGCGCAUCGCGGCUUUAUACGGCCAGCUCGACGACAUCCGGGAUCAGCGACGCGAGGUCCACACCGUCGGCACCGAGGACGGCCCGCGUGUCGUACUGGUCACGAGACGUUUACCUAGAGACAGACGACGGGGCCAGCGCGUGCCGGACACGAUGGACCAGGCCCUCUCGAACUUCAGACAAGUCACGGCGUCGGGGCGAGAUGUGUACUGGGUCGGCAGUCCCGUCACGCAAAUGCAAACGCCGACGGAGCAGCGAGCGCUACGAGAUCAAUUGUUAAGAGAACAACGCUACGCUCCGGUUUUUCUGGAUGCGAAGAGAGAGCGGUUGUUCUACGACGGCUUCUGCAAGCGCGUGCUAUGGCCGUUGUUUCACUCAAGUCCACCAACAACGGAGGACACCGUGACACGCGCCAGAGCCGUCAACUACGAGGAGGAAGACAGAGAUGAUGACGACACGAUGUGGAACGCGUACGUGGGCGCGAACCAGGCCUUCGCGGAUGUUAUUAGGGACGUGGCCCAAGACGGCGAUUUGAUCUGGAUCCAGGACUACCAUUUUAUGUUGCUGCCGAGGAUGUUGAGACAACUAUCACCGGAUAGCAAGCUGGGGUUCUUCUUACACGUGCCCUUUCCCUCUUCUGAACUCUAUAGGACGUUACCGUUCCGCGAGGAAAUACUGCGAGGUUUACUCGCGGCUGACUUAUUAGGAUUUCAGACCUACGACUACGCGCGGCAUUUUCUGUCGUCCUGUGAGAUGGUUCUAGGCCUAGAAACGGCCCCGGACCACGUGGAACAUGAAGGGCACUUGACGAGGGUCUGUGUCUGUCCGGUGGGUAUUGAGCCUGAGGUAGUCAAAGCUCGCAGUUUAGCGUCACCGACACUAGCCGCUAUUCGGAGGCUCGAAGGCCAGCUCCAGGGACGAGCACUGUUCCUGGGCGUCGAUACAUUGGACCCUACCAAAGGUUUGGUGCACAAGUUUUUAGCAUUUGAAGAUCUAUUCUCACAACACCCCGAGCUAGCGGACGAGUUAGUAUUUGUGCAAGUCGUCUUGGGUGCUGGGGGGGCAGCAAACUUGAAGCCGGAAGAUCGCUUAGAAGGCAAGCUUAUUACGAGGACGACCUCCGAGAGAAAAAAUAAACCCACGGGACGACUAGAACUAGACGUAGUAGAACAAAAAACAUCAAAAGGCGUCUUCAGCACCCUAGAAAGACAACUCCACGCCAUGGUCUCGCGCAUCAACAGUCAAUACGCGACGCUCGAUUUCGAAGGGCCUGUUCAGUACUUUGGAGCUGAUGCUAAAACACCACCAGGGGAAGCGACGCUCGCGGCCUUGUUCGCUCUCGCGGACGUCCUCGUCAUCACGCCGAUCAGGUCGAGAUCAGUGUGGAAACCAACCAGUGAGUCACGAUAUCUCGGCACCGCGGCCAUGUUUUCGGCUCAAACUCGGACACGACGUCCCUCUGAUACAGUCGACCGACUGGAGCGAGCCACACCUCGCUCCGACCACGAGAGAGCCCAGAUUGAAGGACGCUUGAAGUUUGAUUUCCUCACAGGGACGGCAUGAACGUCGUCCCGUUCGAGUACUUGGUCGCGCGCGAAGUGCGCUCGCGGCGUUUUGAGGUGUUGUAGUAUUUUGACUUUGUUGCUGGGACUCGUAUCUCACACACGAUGCCGGGGGUGGUUUCUUUUUUGAUUUUGAGCUCCGCGCAGGCGCACAAGAAGUUGGGAGCCGUUUUAUUAUCUGAAUUUGCGGGCUGUGCUCGUUCGUUGGGUGGUGCCGUGCUCGUGAACCCCUGGGACACGCGUAGGGUCACUACGUUGUUGUACAGAUUGUUUAGACGUGCUAGGCGGGCGAACGCGCGCGACGCUAGAACGCGACGAAGAAAGGUGGACCGGGUCACGUCGUCGUCGACGGGGAGUGCCUACGCGUCCGAUUCGGAUGAAUUCGACUCCGACCUCGACGAGGACGAUUCCGACGACGAUAGCGAGGCCGAGGACUCGUCAGCGGAUGAGGCCGACGAUAGUGAGGACGGGCGGCAGCUCUCGACGGUGGCGUCGUCGGAUGCUGGGAGUCUGUUGAAGAAGCCCAACCUGGCGCAAGGAGGUGCAUUACGGUCACGAUCCAUACGCGCCCGAGGUGUGGAGAGAAAAAGAGCUCACGAACAUAUGCUACAGUACGUUUAUAAUUUCACGGCGCGGUCCUGGGCUCGUAGGUUUCUGGACCAAUUGCAGGAGGCCGCCGAGACCAAAGCGUCUCGAACACUUUGUAGGGAGUUGACCGUGCCGCAAUUGACCGCUCCUUACACAAAAACGAAGCGACGCGUCAUCGUCUUGGAGCUGGAGGGCGUCUUAGCCAAACCUACGGCCUUGGCUGAACUCAUAGACGUUCCCGUCAAGAUUUUAAACUAUUUGGAAGCGUUAUGUAACGACCCGCAAAAUAGAGCUGUAGUUAUCCUUAGUGCGAGGUCCGCGGAGACGCUGUCGAAGAUCUUUGAAGGUAUAAAUUGCGAUUCAUUAGUAUUAGCCGCCGAGGAAGGUUUGAGUAUACGAUGGGGUCCGAACGAACCGUUCGAGAUGCAGGUGUCGGACUUUGACCUGGACUUAUCUUGGCUCGACGACGCCGAACCUCUCAUCGCGUAUUAUACGGAGCGGACACCCGGUAGCGUCGUAGAGAGAAAAGUGUCAGGCUUAGCUUGGCACUAUCGCGACUGCGACCUGAACCACGGCGCCUGGCAAGCCAGACAACUACAGGUAGCGCUAGGUGAAUUGGCAAAGCACGUCCCGUUGUCGGUUUUCUCCGGAGAUAAAUUUAUAGAAGUCAGACCCAUGCGAUUAUCCGUCCCGAACGUCCUCGAACUCACGCUCAAGAAGUUCCAAGACCAAGACCUAGCCCUGGAGGACCCGCCGUCGACGCCACCGCAAGAGCUACCUAGACGAAAAUCUUUUGAUCGUGUGGAUGACGACAGUCAGACAAUAGACAGACACGUGGACUAUGUCCUAUUUGUGGCCUCGGGCAACGGUUUAGUAGAUGAGGAAAUUUUCGAGUCGAUGGCGCCGCCACCUUUUGACCUGGACGAGUUCUGUAGUCGCGUCGCGCGCUUGAACGAAGGGAGGGACAUCGAGGACGAGGAUCCUAGCACGCCGGUCAAGUUCCACAAGACUCCACCAAGUUCUCCGGGGCGGAUGGCCAAACCACUUACACCUCUACGCUUGUCGGAUGAGGCUCCUGUGUUGGAGCAGUUCAAGGCUGUAUUGGCUGGGGGUGACAGAGGCACUUCCGACCCUGCGAGACGAGCCGAUCUCGUAGCGAGGAGAGAAUUUAAUCCUCGGAGGGAUUUCCCGCCGUCCGCGAUGUUAUUCCAGGCCAUGAGACGACGGUAUGGCCGAGACUGGUCUAGGGUGGAUCUACCGACAUCUGCCUCGGCGUGCUGGGCGCUUGUGGGUGGCAGAACGCCGCGACCCGGCGCGCCGCGCGCGGAGCGGUCGACGUUCUUGGCUGAGUUCGAGGACCUCCACGGCGUCGACUCGCCCGACGUCCUGCCGUCGCUGGCCGAGGCGACGUCGGGCCAACCUCUAGUACGACAGAGGUCCGUCGACGACGCUCCUACCUCUCCAUCAGAAAAGCCGUCGAUGGGCGCCGUGCUCACGAGGGCCUUGCACGCGAACGCCCUGGCGCUGUCGCGGGCCUUGCGGUUCCCCGCGCCGCGCGCCGACUCGCUGGAGGAAGCGGCAAGGAGCGUGAGACAGGAGGCGCCGCCUUCUCCCGCGAGGCUCGAGAAAAUUCAGCCCUGGACGGGGCAGAAGGCACAGACUCCUAGGACGAAGGAACGAUCUCAAUCACCUAGAUUGGAGGACGAGGAGAAGUGGGAGUCCGUCCAGGACAAGUUGAGUAGUCAGGACCCUAGGCUGAAGGAAGCGCGCGAGGUCGUGCCGACCUCGCGCCUGUCGAAGCCCGGAGCUGCGCCCACUUUACAAAGGCCGGCUCCCGUGUAUGUCUCUGUCGCUUCUAGAGGUGCGGCCACAGCUCAACAACGUAGAGAAUUCGAUCGGGCCGCGAGAAUAGCGUCGGCGAAAAGAGCGGCAGUACCGCCGACGCCCAAAAAGGCCGCGCUCGCCAUCGACGCCGAGGCGGCGGCCGCCGCCGCCGCCGCGGCCAUGGCCGGGCCGCCGCCGUCGCCGUCGCAGAACCCGGAGCAGGCGCCCGAUUUGUCUGAUCUGGCGGCGGCCGCGGCCGCGGCGGCCGACGACACGCACCCGGGCCUGGAUCUGCCUCUGUUGACCUUCUCGUGCAUCGUGGGGAUCAAGCUGAGCCAGGCGACCUAUUAUCUCCGGUCCCAGGACCUCGUCGCGGCUCUAUUGGCGCAGCUCGCCGACUGCGCGAGCGUGUCCCAGGACGACUAA